CCAGCUGGCGGCCAAUGAGAGCGUAAGGCGCGCUGGUUGGUUGUUGCGCGCGCGCUGUGAGCUGAGGGUCGUUAAGAGCUGCCGCCGCGGCGAUGCCCGCAGGAGAAAAAGUGCCCGGUCGGGUCUUGUCUACGCUUCUGGCUGGAAGACCCAAGAAACAGAAAUGUAAUCUUAAAAAUGAACAGAAGCUGCAGGAGGCAGCUCUUCAUAUUUUGAGUUGCCAUCAGAACCUGGGCGAUCUCCUGCUGGAGGUGGGAAGUUCAGUAUGGAACAAGCCAUUAUGUUCAAUUAGUUCAAGUACACACGGCACUGAAGCUCCUGUUCCAGAACUGUUUGUGGUCUCAGCCUUGCAGGAUCAGGCCUCCACAUUGGGUAUGCCGGUGGGAAUCUUGUCAGCUAGAAUAGCUGCCAGCAACAUCGAGAAGAUCUCUGCUGAGUCUGAUCAAGCUGUGCUGCUGAAUGCUGAGCAGAGGAAAAAGUUGUUAUGCUUGCUUCAGACCUUGAAGGAUUUGUUAACGCACAAUGGUUUCUGCCGUUUGCUAUUUGCUCAAGAAAUGUGGAAAUUGCAGAGCCCGCUCAUUCUGGAAGUUGCAUGGCACCUGCAGAGAGAGAACAUUGUUAGCCUGGAAGAGCUGCUGGAGAAUAAUCCAGAUGCUUCUGCGUUGGAAGAGUGGUUGUGCGGAAGCCUCUGUUGUCUUUGCCAUCAGACAGAAGAUCCAUCCCUGGACACGGAGACCUUGGGGUGCAUACUUACAGACUUCGUGACUGUGCUUCUUCGUAACGGAUUUCAGAAAACAUUUGUGUUGGGAAAGAAGUUGGAAUUGCAGAAGAUCUCCAAAAUCUGUUGUGCUGUACUUGACAGAAUGCUGGCAUGGGUGCUUGAUGCUGUGGCCAAAGAGAAGCAGAAAGACGCUUCCGCGUUGAAAGCAGUGAAGUGCUGGCUCCGUGUGUUUGGUGUGGCGGCAUACCAAGGUACAGUCCCUCCAGAGUCUCUGCAGCCAUUCAUUAGUCACACCUUGACCCAGGUUCUUACCUACAACCCUCAGCUAAAAGUUUCUGACGCCAUCAAUCUUCAGAGAGACUGGAGCUUUGCAAGAACAAGCUCAGUGCUCACCAUGCUGUUCCGCAAACUGUUUUUGGUGUUCAAAGCAGAGGAACUGAUACGUCAUUUGCAGCAAGUCCUGGAGACGAGUGAAGUAAAUUGGCACCAUGUCCUGUCCUGCGUUUCCACUCUGCUGGUCUGUCAUCCCGAAGCAGAACGCUUGAUUAAAGACCUCCUGGACCAUCUGUUGAGAAAAGCCUUUGAGAACUAUGAUCUGGAAAACAUGGUCACUGCGUUCUUAAUAGUCCGCCAGGCAGCUCUGGAGGGUCCUGCGAUGUUCAUGCCUUAUUCGAAAUGGUUUAAGGUUGCCUUUGGGAGCGCCAGUGGCUUCCACUAUAGCAGUAAGAAGGCCUUGGUCUUCCUCUUCAAGUUCCUGUCAGAGUUGGUGCCCUUUGAGGCCCCGCAAUACUUGAAGGUCCACGUUAUGCACCCGCCAUUUGUGCCCCCCAAAUACCGUCCCUUCCUUCUGGAAUACAUCACUCUAGCCAAAACCCGGUUGGCUGAUUUCAAGAUUGCAAUGGAAGACAUGGGUCUCUAUGAGGAUCUGUCUUCCAUGAAGGAAGCUGUGCAGCCACCUUGCCAGGCACUUCAAGACGUUGAAAAGGCCAUUCAGAUAUUUGAAAACACUGGAAAGAUCCCAACAAGUGUGAUGGAAGCCAGCAUUUUCAGGCGGUCCUAUUACACCUCCCGUUUUAUUCCUGCUUUGCUUGUGCCACGCGUGCUUCCUCAAACACCUGACUCCCGCAUGGCUUUGAUAGAUGACCUCAAGAGGGCUGACAAAAUCCCUCUGAACACGUUCACCAGGUAUAUUGAAGAAUGCAAAGCUGUUAAAGAGAAGCUCUUGCAAGAUGAAGCAACAGAAAUGGAGACAAGCCAUCUCAAGGAGCCCCUGGAACUCCUCAAGGCUGAACUUGAAGCUCUGAGGCUGCUGAUUACAGACCAAAGCAGACACGAUGAGGUGCCGGCUCAGAUUGCUGUAGUCUCUGAGAAACUGGUGGGUGUUCUGGGUCGUGUGAAAGAUGAGGAUGAAGCCGCAUCCCUGAGUCUUAGGAUCAAGCUUAACCUUUCCAAUCCUGAAGUUGAACAGCAGGAUCAAGGGGCAGUUGAUCUUCUGAUGAUGAUGUUCUGUCAGAGUGUAAUGGCUGCCUCCUACUACUUGCCUCCAGAAAGGCAGGGGGCCUGGCCGUCUCUUUUCGUGAAAAUGGUUUGUGGGCACCGCCGACUCUUGCCAUCCUUGUUGGGCAGGCUGUGCCAGCUUAUGUAUCAUCAGGGUCCUUCUCUAAGCAGCGCUCAAGUCAUAGGCCUGGCGGUCUUUGUAGUCCACUUAAAUGAAGCCAAGUCCUUAAUUCCUGAGGUGGACCUCUGCACUUGGCCUCCUCGCUCUGCCUCCGCAGGAAGCCUUUCAGUGACUGAACUUUGGGAUCACUUAUUGGUGUGCCGGACAGGAGAGUCUGUUGUCUUCUGCAUGAGGUUUUGUGCCGCUGCCCUUUCCUACUCCUUUUGCAAGUUUUCUUCCUUUUCCCAUGACUGCCUGUGUUCCUUACUUCAUCCUGGUUUUGUAAAAAAGCUUCAAUAUGUUGUUCCGCGGCUCAGCUUGGAAGCACGAGGAAUAGACUGUGAAGGAGAACCAGCUGAGCUUCCCUGGAAAACUUUAUCCCGCCCUGCUUUCUGUUUCCGGAAGGCUGCCCUCUGCUUAUGGAAGCAGGCACAGUUCAAAGCGCUUUUGCAGGAGAAAGCUUUCCAGCUGACCCUCCGAGAGUGGCUGCUGAUGGAGCUAGGAGUCCGUCCUGAUGAAGACGUCCUUUCUCCUUGUGAGAGGCAUGAGUUCCACUACUGGGCUUUAUAUCAGCACUUUCUCCCUAUGUCUGCCGCUGCUGGUGGCUGUGAUGGAGACUUGAAAGAGAUGUGCGCUGUUCUUAUUGGCACCAUCCUGGAUUUCUGUCAAAGGUCUGAGUUUGACAAGUGCACCCACCUAAAAAAUCCCAAAUGUUCCAUGACCCAUGGGAGAGGAAGCCCCGACGUCUACUGCCGAUUGCAGGAGAUGCUGCUGGAGCUGGAGCUGGGGCGCAGGAGAGCCCCACUUGACGUCUGCAGCAGAGGGGGGCACUUCCUAUUCAGGGUUCUCCAGGAGCGGCUAAAAGCUCUGGGCCAUGGGUCUGUCGUGGGCGAAAGGCUACUUUGGCAACAAGAGCUGCUCCUCCAAACAAGGAUUCUUUUGGGUCUCCCGCCAUCUGUUCUCAUUGCGACACAGCAGAGAGGAAAGAAAAUCACUCUGGAUUGUGAAGACUUCUUCUGUUUUGCAAACACAGAACUGAGGAAUAUCUGCUCCAGAGGCUGUGCACUCUCUUACGACAUCACUGCUCAUUUCUUCAGGGGCUUGCUGAGCGCCAGUUUGGAGUGUGACAAACCUGCGCAGGAGGUGACCGCCGUUCUCACCUUGUGUCCAGCCAGGUGCCCUAUAAUAAUUUGUUCUGCAGCGCGGUGGUGGCAGAGGCUGGAGCCCAUGCUUUGCUCAGAGUGGAACAGACUCUUUGGCACUCCCCUCGCACAGGGAUUGCAAAGCCUCAGGGAGUUACAGUCCUCAGUCAGCAGCUUCCUCUCAUCAGAAGCCGUUUCCCUGGUCUCUGACAUUCCAUGGAUUCCUGCAGCCUUCUUGCAUUUUGCUGUUCAGCAGCAAAUGGUACAUAGAAAAAUGAAUGAAGGACUGAAAAAGUUGGGGCCUGGAUCAGAACAACUCCUGGUGAACCUCUUCUUCUUUUCACUCGUGGAUUUCAUCUCUACAAGAGUGGCCCCGCAGGAAGGCAAGGAUGCCUACAAAGCCUUGGACUGGAGCUCAAAGAUGCUUCAGCUCUUGCAGGAACAAGGUGCAUCCUGGCUGACUGUCUUCUGUUCGGCAGGGAAAGACCAUAGCCCUUGCCAAAUCCCACGUGGGGCUGUGUCAGAUCAGCACUUGAGGCUGUUGCCGGUUGCCUUCUAUAGCCUCAUUGUCACAUUUGAACCGGAACACUUUAUCGGACAGCAAACAUUCCUGUACGCUGCCAUUGACAUGUACGCACAAUUGCUGCUGCUCUUUGUGGAUGGGGCCAGAGUGGUGGGACCAAGCCAGCACACCAGGGAGCUUCAGGAUUCACUGGAGCUGAUAAAAAGAGCACGGCAAUUCCUGCUGCAUGCAAUCCCCCAGUGCCCCCGAGGGAGCUUUUCCAGCCUCCAGCAGUUAGUGGAUCUCUGCGGAGAGCUGGACCCAGAGAUGAAGGCUGCCCUUGUGAAUGCCAGCGAUUAUGGGGAUCUACUUGAUGAAGAACUUCUCCUUUUCUGACAGCUGGAGUCCAGCUUGGCAUGUAUGAGGAGAUUCCCUGGACACAUGCAGACAAAAAGCACAGACAGGAAAAGGGGAACGUGUCUGCCAGGGCCUAAUCUGGUAAACGUACUGUGUAAAUAAUUUAUUACAAGCAUAACCAUGACUUUGUA